GCUGCCGCCGCUGCGGGAUCCUCCGGGGAGCAGACACAAGGCGACGGCGGUGUUUCUGCCGGCAUGCCGUCAGGUGAAGCAGCUUCCUGGCUCUUAUUUGUUUCUUGUCGCUCCAUCUGAAGGGAGGGUCCUGCUGGAAAAGGAAGAACAAACCCCAGAAGGAGGUGACAUGCCCUUCACUGCUUGGCGCAGUCGGUGCGCCGAUCGCUGUCAGACUCGGACGAGGUGAAGACCGGAAUGGUGCAUUUAAAUCGGUCUUUUUAACGCCGAGGAAGCCUGGCUCGCUUUUCCGUCUGCUUUUGGAUUAUUUUCUAAGGAGGAUACUGACAUUACACACCCGAUCGCAGAGCCGGAGCGACGGGAAAAUGCAGCACGGCGGGUGUUUGACUGCAGGUGGAUGGCCAACCUGACGGUCCCAGCCGCCGCUUCCCUCCCGCUCAGCCGCCGCAGCAGCGGCAGGUCUGGCUUCAUCCGGAGCUGUGAAAACAAAGUGAGAACAGAGAGAACCGCAUCGGACAAAUAAAAGCCGAGCCAUGCUUCCAGGGGUCGGCGUGUUCGGCACCAGCCUGACCGCCAGGGUGAUCAUCCCGCUGCUGAAGAACGAGGGCUUCGCCGUCAAAGCGCUGUGGGGCCGGACGCAGGAGGAGGCGGAGGAGCUGGCCAAGGAGAUGAACGUGCCGUUUUACACCAACCGGAUCGACGACGUGCUGCUGCAUCAGGACGUGGAUCUGGUCUGCAUCAACCUGCCGCCGCCUCUGACGCGGCAGAUCGCAGUCAAAACACUGGGCAUUGGAAAGAACGUCAUCUGCGACCGGACAGCGACGCCCCUGGAUGCCUUCCGGAUGAUGUCAGCAGCCCAGUACUACCCCAAGUUGCUGAGCAUUAUGGGAAAUGUGCUGCGUUUCUUGCCAGCCUUCGUUCGGAUGAAGGAGUUGUUAGAAGAAGGGUACAUCGGGGAGCUUCUGGUCUGUGAGGCCCAGGUCCACAGCGGUAGCCUCCUGGGGAAGAAAUAUAACUGGAGCUGCGAUGACCUGAUGGGAGGUGGUGGUCUGCAUUCAGUGGGCAGUUACAUCAUCGACCUGCUUACGUUUUUGACUGGUCAGCGUGCAGCAAAGGUCCACGGCUUCCUCAAGACUUUCGUCAAACAAACAGAUCACAUCCGGGGCAUCCGCCAGAUCACCAGUGACGACUUCUGCACGUUCCAGAUGGUACUGGAGGGAGGCGCCUGCUGCACCGUCACGCUCAACUUCAACGUGCCUGGAGAGUUUCGGCAGGAGGUGAUCGUCGUGGGGACGGUCGGCAGGCUAACGGUCACGGGGACGGACCUGUACGGACAGAAGAACAGCGGGGGCGGAGGUAGCGGGGGAGGUCCUGAACUCCUGCUCAAAGACACCACGCCUCUUGAGAAGGCCUCCUUACCGGAGAAGGCCUUCAGUGACAUACCGUCGCCGUAUCUCACCGGAACGAUCCGCAUGAUCCAGGCUGUGCGGCAGGCCUUCCAGGAUCAAGACGACAGGAGGACGUGGGACGGGAAGCCUCUGACAAUGGCCGCUACCUUUGAGGACUGUCUUUACGCUCUUUGUGUGGUGGAUACCAUCAAGAAAUCCAACCAGUGUGGAGAGUGGCAGAACAUUGUGGUGAUGACGGAGGAACCAGAGAUCAGCCCGGCCUAUUUGAUCAGCGAGGCCAUGCGGCGGAGUAGGAUGUCACUCUACUGUUAACAUCCAGCUGAUGUGCUGACCCCUUUAAAAUGGCUGAACGCCAGUGUUACCAUAAAAAACUGGAGGUGGCACCGCAAAGGCCUUGUUGGAACUUUUUUCAUGCAGCUGCCGGGUUCAGUACUUUGAAGUCAUCACCGGUUCUUUGUAAUACUGUUAAUCUGUAUUGCUACUGUUACAGACACUAUGAUACAGAGAGUUAUGGUUUCCUGAUGCCCUGCCUCAGUGUUAGAGGUAAAAGCAAUGUGAUCAAUAAUCAAGCUUUUAUUUAUAAGGAAGCCUUCCUUGUUUUUUCCCUUGCUGCACCUGUAAAUCAAACUGAUUCAUACAACAGAAAGAGAUAUAGUCCAACAGUGGAGGCAGAUCAGGCAGUGAAACUAAAGCUACUGUGCUCUGCUUGACCAUAAUGGUAUUGAACCGAGCCUCUCAUCUCAGCCUCUCUCCUGUAUGACUGGUCUGGAAUACACUGUGGGUCCGAACGAGGACAGCCAAGGAAGAACGUCCUCUCAGUUUAAAACUGUGCCGAUGCGUUGUCGCUGAAGCACUGAUGAUCUGAAGUACUUGUUAGUUUUACCAAGUGAAUGUUUGAAAAAAUCAAUGUGCUUGAUAGCUUGAGUCCCUGUCUGCUCUAUAGGCUUCCUCUAUGUGUGUGAAAAAAGAGAAAAAAAAAGAAAUCAAUAGUUUGGCUGGUGGGUUUCUCAGAGGGGUUUACCCUCAGGUUUGUGUUUGCAAUAUAUUCAGGCUGUAGCCUGCAGCAGGGGUUCUUAUGUUUAUCUGUCAGCCUGGAGUAAAGGGUUAAAAUACACUAUGGUAUGCCUUUAUGCAGUUACAGUAGCUUGCAUCAGUUUGCUAGUUCUGUAUGAGUGGCCAGUACAGCAAUGCUUUGUUCUCCUCCUUAUUUAUUUCAUGCUUUCCUAUCGUCAUGAAGCAUGGCUAAGAAAUACAUAGAAUUGUGUGUGGUGUGUGCAUACCUGUACUGAGCCUUAAGUGUGGAUAGUAAUACAGUAUGCUGAGCAAUGUGGGGGUUUUAUCCUCAUAUUGCAGUCCCAUGGGUCGGCUUGCAUCAAGCUGCCAUGAUUUGGCAUUAAAGCCUGUUUUAUAAAGCUUCUUUAACGUGCACUGUGAGCUGCAGGUCUGUCAGGAUGCUUCACGCGCUGGUUCGGCUUAGACCCACACCUGCAGUAGGGCUGGACGCAUGCAGCCAAUUAACUGCACUGCACAGCACAGCCUGGCAGAUGGUGGAUGGUGUUUCUGUUAGAGGUGAUACAUGUUGGGCUGGUGUUAUUCUGUUUUUUUAAUGUCGGCAAAUCUCAUGAAAAGACGCAUUUAUCCAUCUCUCAAGACCUUUUGACUUUUUGGCACUCAGCCCCAAGCCCAUUGAUUCUUAUUGAAGAUGUGAAUUUUCAUGACGAAUAAAUACAACCGUUGCUCCAUAUCUGCUGGAUGUGUAAAUUGGCAAAUUGCUAACAUAUUAGCUUUAAAAAAAGGUAACAAAUAUAUAAAUAUAUAUAAAACCGCUGGGCAUCGUAGUAGUUAUCUUAUAUUAACAGUACUGAAUAGAGCAAUUUAUGGGGACUGUUUUCAGCUGUUGACUAACCCACAUGUUGUGCUCUAGCGGGAAGCAUAUAGAAUAUCACCACCCCUAAGUCAGAAUUGACAUGCAUUAUGUGGGAACUUCAGUGCAACAUGACUCCAGCCACUCAUUUUAAUUUACUCUCAGUCAAUCACUGAAGAAAGCAAAAACAAACCACCGGAAAGCAUUUGCAAAGUUUGCAAACGCAGUUCAACUUCAGGUUUGCCGUCGCUCAGUGCAGGUGAAAGAACUGACCUACAAGCCAAAAGAUUGAUUUUUUUCAUGCAACUCUGUUCUGUUCUUCUGUUCCCCUGUUUCAACUCCUCAAACUGUGCUGAAAUACUGUCUAUGUAACGACUACUGAAAAUGUACAUAUGGAAAUAUUAUAAAGCAGCAAAACGCGUUUGUUUAAAGAAUUAAACAAGUACUGUUUGUAUUUUAUUUGUAAAAACCAAGGAAGUGGAACAUGUUUGGAUACGUGUUCAUGUAUUUAUUCUUUGUUUUUGCUGUUGAAGUUUUGUGGACUGACCUGCAGCGUAUUUGGGAGGAUAACAGCAGGCCGAGGCCUUUAGCGUUAAGCUUCUUAUUGUUCCCUGUCUAUGAAUUAUUGACCAAAAUACUCCUCUUCGAACACUGCUCUGAAAAGCUUUAUGUUUGCUCUUAAGAGCCAUCAUAAAUCAUUACAGUCCUAAUCCAGCAUCCUCUGUCAUCCAGUGCAAACUCUGAUCAGCAGCUGCAACUGUCCACAGCUCAUAGCAUCAGUAACAGUAAUGUCGGACCCUUUUAUUGUUCAGUGUUGAUAGACAUGUGAAGGGAAUCUAAGGUGAGACCUUUGCAUUUAACAUUAGGUGAGAAAACAUGCAGCUGAUGGCUUCUGUUCACUUCUAUCAUUUGUGAGUGGACUGCUCUGUGUGUUAAACUGAAAGUGAAGAUAAUCUCCCUUAAACCCUGAGAAUGGUUCAGUCCACUGGUCUAAUACCUCGCUUUCCUCUGAAGAAAGAAGGUAUUUUGGUUUACAGGGUUACACAAAACAAACUGAAGGGUAGUCAUUCGUUUCCAGUAGCUUCACCACUACGAUCUGUUUCAUGCCAGUUAUUAGUUACAUUUACAUAUGCAGGUAAUCAAUUCUUGUAAACACCAAGUGAUUUAAUGCUAAUUACAGCUGAAAUACAGAUGAAGUUUUGAGAAUGUUUUUCAGUCAGGUUCAAUGAGCUGGGUUGACUUUAUUAUUGAUUUUCAGAUAAAGGUCCUAGAAAGAACUGCUCCAUUUCACCCCAAGUAAACAUGUUAUCAAUCAUUCACUUGGAAAAUGUAUUCUUGCUUUAUGAUGAAUUAUGUUUGUCGGUUGACAUUUUACAUGCAUGUUUGCAUGAUCAGACUCAAGGGUAGAAGUUGACAACUUUCCUUAUAAUUAAUACCAAAUUAGAGGGUUUUUUUCCAGAACUUCUGAAAUAAAUGGGAAUGUCUGGACUUAUAAUAUAUAGUACUGUUACCCUCUUUAUUACAUUUGGAAAUACAGCUAAAUAGAGAUGCAGCCAUGACACAAGUCCCUGCUCUGCAUACUUGUUGCACCAGUUCUACUAUAAUGCCCAUAAGGAAUGAUCUGGAAACGUCUGCAGGUUUAAUGCAGAGGAGUGCUUAUGAAAUGGUUUUCCAGUGAUAAGACUGCUCUUUCUCACUAAGCUACAGAAAUUCAUCCAGAAACACUGAAGAAACACACCAGUAUUUAAACACAGAAGUUUCAGGAAACUAAAGUCAGCUUUGAUUAUUUCUUCCCUUUUGUCCCAUCGUCUGUUUUUGGAUCAUGGCAACUUGGCCUCCAGUGUUUCAUUACCCAGCACUGCACAGGGUUUUGCAUCUGUGUGUAAGCAUCCUUUAACAAUAGGCCCAGUGUGUGUAAAUCAGCUCGGGCCUCAUGCUAAGAUUGAAUUAACUAUAUUCAGCGUCCCAGAGGUGAAAUGAUGUACCGACGCUGACUCUUAAAUGUCUUGAGUCCCUCUCAAGCGUCUGAAACGCAGGUCGACCCUCAGUUUGUGCAAGCUGGAGGUUUAUCGGUGUCCACGCAGACCCGUCCUCCUCCACGGGGACGCCAUUAAACAGCUCAGCAGACACAUCCUCAGCCAGCUGCCCAUGCUCUGUGCUAAAUGUGUCAUGAGCAUCUGCUUCAAGUUAAGAGCAUCACAAGACCAGAAGGCUUUUCAUUUCAGCCAGUUCAUGAACUUGGCAAGACACGGAAACACACACAUGCAAGUAUUUAAUUCAGCCUUUCUUAUGUAUCAUUACGAUGCUGUGAUGGUGACGCUCCUCUCUGCUGGAGCUGCAGUGGGCAGCAGUGCGUCUGGGCUCUGAAGCACUGAACAUUUAAUGAGUCGAGUUUAAACGAGCUGACACAGUACAGUGAUUUCAAAAAUCAAUCAGCAGCCCUACAAAUGUUGAAUCACAGGGUAUUUGGCUUUUUAUUGGUCAUUGAAAACACAGAUUGAGGCUGAGGUGAUGGUGUGCUGUUUGCAACAGUGUGCACAGUGAAUUCUUGUCCACUCAUCCUUCCCAUAUGUAAAAGCUGUGCUUUAUGGACUCUCUGGUGAAAUCUAGAUGCUUUGUUGCCAGCAGCUGGGUUUUUUAUCGUUUAUCUUGCUGCUUGUGGCCUGUUGACCGGCUCCUUGCUUCAGAUAACACAGGAGGUAACCAGUUCCACCGUUGCACUUUGACUGCCUUGUUUGCUGACAGUUGUGACUCUGAAUUGCUUGUCCUCGCUGCACCAGCAUUCACAAACUGUUGAGGAAAGGCUUUCCUGUCCUGAGGGAGAGAAGGGCGGGGGCGGAGGAGGCGGGGUGGGGUGAAAAUUGUUCAUUUUGGAGACGAACAACCUCAAAGAGGCGCUUCUUCUGCCCUCAGAGACCGUUACUUAGCAACCGGAAGCCACGUUGCCAAAACUAGGUCCUGUCUUGUUCUGUUUUUUCCCCCUCUCUCUUAUUUUCACUCACACAGUAACACCGACCCUCCCUCCUCCAUGUGUCUACACGCAGCGCUCCUCCAUCUCUCCCCCUCGUUCUCUCACUGUCUGGUCAAAGGAGGGACUCUUAACGGCGGUUUUACAGUCAGUGUUAAGAAAGAAAACCAUUCUUUAUCCAUUCAUCCGUCGUUUCACACCUGUCACAGAGUAACUCUCUCCUUUUUUUCUCUAUCUCCCUCUUUCUCUCUCUUUUUCCUUUUACUGUGAGUCAGGUUGAAGCCUGGACUACAAGCUCACUGGUGCUUCUUCCCCCAAAAUAUUUCUUUUUUCUUUUCUUUUCUUUUCUUUUCUUUUCUUCUCCUCUCUUCUCGUCUCUUCUCGUCACAUGCUUUUGGAGCCAGAACAGCCGUAACCACGGCAACCCCUUUAAUAAAAACUAAUACCAGACAGAUACGGGUUGUGAAUGGCUCUCCUCAGCUGGUUUGUGAAUGCUUACUCCUGCCAUGUCUUGCUGUUCCCUUAACUUCAAAGAAAGACAAAUAUCCAUCUCGAUUGCUGUAUUGUGACUAUAUCCAAUAUUUAUUGUUAUGUAUGUACUGUAUAUUGUGGACGCAUGGACCUCUGUACAUACUGUAAUUUGAGCUCUCAAACGCAUAUUUAUGGGUCUUGAUCUAGAGAAUGUACUUACUGUAAUUUAUAUUUUCUAUCCGUUAAAAACGAUAUGCCAUUUUUAGGAGGUCAGUCGUCGUCCUGGAAAUAAAACCCCUCUGAGUUCUCUGUGUGCUGUAAAGUGUGAUGAUGCUCUUCUGUUAAAUGACCCCUCCAUCCCUCUUUGUUUCUUCAUUGACUGUGUUACUCCUGACUCAGUGUUUUACUGUCUCAUCACCCUGCACCAGUGCUCUGCACUGACUGGACAUGUGUGAAUGAGGGUGUGUGUGAAAGCGGGAAAAAAGCGUGUGUGUGUGUGUUUCUGCAACCUGGUUUAAGGCUUCAGCACUUGUCUAAUGCUGCAGUUUCUAUGUAAUAAAAACAUGU